AUGUCUCGAGUUCGACAGACAUUAUACCCACACUUAACAUGGGAAAUUCCUUCUCUUACAGUCAGUAGUGAUGAAAUAAAACAAUGUAUUUUACAAGUUAAUGGAAGUGCACCAGCAACUUUAUUGUGUUCAAAAAAUGGAUAUCAAAGUGAGUUUUCAAUGAUUAUUGAUUCAAUGAUAGAAUUAAACGAAAUACUACAACAGUGGACACAAAAGAAAAAACAACAAUUUGAAAGUGAAAUAGGUGAAAUGCAAAAUGAACGUUUAAUUGAAUGUGGGACAUAUGAAAUUACUAUUAAACAAAGUCUUUCAAUAUGUCGUGUUACUGUAAUUCCAGGAGAGUUUAGUUCAAUAAAAAGUAAAUUAAUAGAACCAAUAGAAAGUAAAAAGAAUAUAGUUGGAGAUAAAAUGUUUAUUAAAUAUAGACCAGUUGAUUUUAAUGAGAAUAUGUUAGAUUUUGAAAGUUUGCAAUGUUCAAUAACACAUAACCAUUCUAAAAAAACAUUUAACAUUAAACUGUAUAAUUUAGGAGAUUGUUAUGGAUCACCUAUUCCAAUAUUUACUCAACAAGGUGAUUAUACAUUAUCUAUAUCAUCUUCUGUACAACUUCUUUAUAGUUCUACAUUUUUUCUUAAAGCAGGUAAACUUGAUAUUACUAAAUGUUUACUAUUUCAAGAUAAAACAAUUAUUACUAAUUCAAAAGAAAUAAUUCAUAUUCAAAAGAAAAUAGAUUCAACUUUAACUCUUGUUGUUGGCAGACCAUUAGAAUUAAAUAUUUUAUUAUCAGAUUCAUUUGGAAAUGUAAUUAAAGAAUUUGACUCAGCAAUUCCAAUUAGUGUACGCCAUUCACAACAAUUAACUGUAACAAUGAACGAAAGUAUUCUUAAAUUAAAUGCACUUUCAUCAGGAACUUUUAGUUUUAAUGUAUUACUAUUACAAAAACAAAAUGGAGAAUUAGAAAAAAUUCCAAUUUCUGGAUUUCCAGUAACUGUUAUUGCUUUAGAACCAUUAGAAUUAGAUUUUUCACAAAUUUCAUUAUGCAAAAAACUUCCAGAAUCUAUGACAAUUGGAGAUUUAUUAACUGUGUCAUUUGUAACAUAUAAUAGUGAGUUAGAUGAAGUUGGUGUUAAUCAAAUUCAAUUAGUUGACGUUCAAGCAUCAAUUAAUUCUACUCCAAUACAAAGCUGUGUAAUUUCAAGAGAAUGUGGGUUUGAUGUAAAUAUAUGGUUAUGUCUUCCAGGAACAUUGACUGUAUCUAUUUCAAUUGAUGGACAUAUGAUUAAAGGAUUUCCAACUACAAUUAAUAUUGAACAUCCUUCCUUUGUUAAAUUCUCUUAA